GCAGCAAACAUCAGCUGAGGGCGAUGCUAUAUCUCACUUCUCUCCGCUCACUCACCUGAACAUCAUCCUGUGUACUUGAAGGUGCACCUCUUCCAUCCACCAAGAUGCCACGCGACAACGCAGCAAACCAACUCAAUGAGUUUAAGAAGACCCAAAAGGGUACCGAACGCCUUACCACUGCUCAUGGGUGCCCACUUUCUGACAAACUCAACUCCUUGACUGUUGGAGCGCGAGGGCCCAUCCUACUUCAAGACAUACAGUUACUUGAUGAAAUGGCCCAUUUUGAUCGAGAGCGCAUUCCAGAGAGGGUUGUCCACGCUAAGGGUGCUGGUGCUUUUGGGUACUUGGAGAUUACUCAUGACAUCACCAAGUAUACUAAAGCCAAGCUAUUCAGUGAAAUUGGGAAGCGUACACCAUUGGUUGUUAGAUGUUCAACUGUUGGUGGUGAAAGUGGCUCUUCCGACACUGCCAGGGAUCCACGUGGUUUUGCUGUAAAAUUCUAUACUGAAGAUGGAAAUUGGGAUCUUGUUGGGAACAACACUCCCGUCUUCUUCAUCCGAGAUCCAAUUCUUUUCCCGUCCUUCAUCCACACACAGAAGAGGAAUCCUGUAACUCACCUCAAGGAUGCAGAUAUGUUUUGGGAUUUCAUAACUUUGAGGCCAGAAUCCACACAUCAAGUGUCUUUCUUAUUUUCUGGCCGAGGAACUCCUGAUGGGUACAGACAUAUGAAUGGCUAUGGCUCUCACACAUUCAAGUUGGUCAAUGACAAGGGAGAAGCAGUAUACUGCAAGUUCCACUACAAGACAGACCAAGGAAUUAAAAACUUGAGUGCAAAGAGGGCUGAUGAGCUCUGUGGGUCAGAUCCUGAUUAUGCCAUUCGUGACUUGUAUAAUGCCAUCUGUAGUGGUAAUUACCCAUCAUACACCAUGUACAUCCAGGUUAUGACCUUGCAAGAAGCUGAAAAAUGUAAGUUCAACCCCUUUGAUCUGACGAAGGUGUGGCCUCAUGCGGAAUUUCCUCUCAUGCCUGUUGGUCGCCUCGUCCUCGACCGCAACCCCAAGAGCUACUUUGCUGAGGUGGAACAACUAGCUUUCUCACCAGCCAAUUUGGUGCCAGGAAUUGAGCCAUCUCCAGACAAGAUGCUGCAGGCUCGACUUUUCGCCUAUAAUGAUACCCAUCGUCAUCGUCUUGGAGCCAACUUCACUCAGAUCCCUGUGAACUGUCCCUACCGUGCUCGUGUCAAAAACUACCAGCGUGAUGGUCCCAUGACUGUUGAUAGCAACCAGGAAUGUGCACCCAACUACUACCCAAACAGUUUCUCUGGUCCUUGUGACUGCAAGAGCUUUGGGGAGAGCAAGUUUACUGUGCAGGGAGAUGUUACUCGUUACAACAGUGAGGAUGAAGACAACUUUACUCAAGCUGGCAUCUUCUACAAAAAGGUGCUGAAUGAGGAGGAACGCCAUGACCUUGUGGAGAAUAUUGCUAACCACCUAAUUAAUGCACAGGAGUUCCUGCAGGAAAGGGCCAUCAAAAAUUUUUCACAAGCAUGUCCAGAAUAUGGUGCUGGCAUCCGUACAGUUCUGAACAAGCUCAAAAGUCAGGCAGCUUCCAAGAAUACUUCAAUCUCUGCUGCCGCAGCCUCUAAUGCCAAACUCUAAAUUGUGGCUCAGACCAUUUCCUUUGUUACUAAAGCUGCACAUUUUAAGUUGUUUUUCAAAGUAAUUGAGUAUCAGGACUUUGUUUUAUAUAUAUAUAUAUAUACAGUAUAUAUAUAUAUAUAUAUAUAUAUAUAUAUAUAUUUGAUAUAUUUGAUUCAUUGUGUAAGGGUAUUCUUGCAGGUAACCUUUGAUCUUUUAUUUUUCCAGAAUAGUGAUAGUUUUUUUUAUGGUACCUGUAUAUUAUUUUAUGAGUAAUGGAGAAAUACUAGAGAAUGGAUCAGGGACAUUACCAGUGUUGGGUUAUAACUACCCAAUUAUUAUGAUAACAUUCAAUAGAUUUUAUGAAGAAUGAAUGAAGAUGUAUACUACAUGUUAAAUACCUAUUAUCCCAAUGAUUGUUAAUAAUGUUGUACAAUAGCAAAAAAAAAAUAUAAAAAUGUAACAAUUAUUAAUACUUGAUUCUUUCCACACUUUACUUCUUUGGUACAGCAGGUAGUGACUAGCUAUUGCAUGUGUGUAAUAACCUGGUCAGCCUCAACUCAAGAAAUGUUUCACGUUGGGGAGAUUGUUAGUGUGGUAAAGGGUAGACAGUAUAUGAUUGAUGAUGGUAAUGAUACCUUUAGGAAUAUUCUAUACAGAUUAAAUUUUAUGAUAGGAACAAAUUAUUACUAAUGGUAUUCUCUUAUUCCUUGGCUGUUUUUGUUUAAGGAUUUGUUACAAAGGUUUUCUAUCCCCAAGAAUAUGAUAUUCUUUACCUCAGAUACUUAAACUAGUUAUUCUAGUUAUUACCAAUGUCAUCUCUCUGUUAGGCUGCUCAAACUACAUGUCAAAGAAUUUUUAUCCAAAUAUAGAGAACCUGUCUGGUCAUGGCCAAGUGUAUCAGUAGAAGGAGCAAUGGGAUAUAUAUGGGAUGAUAUCCCUAAUAUGUUAGCAGCGAAAGGCUUUCAUAGGUACUGAUCAUACAAUACAAAGAGUGGAUUACAUAAUGGGUCUACAUGUCAUAUUUUGUGCCAAUAUUCAAAGGUCUUUAAGCACCCCUAGUUCGAUAGUAAUGGAUUAUUGAUUUCUUUUUGUUUACACUGAACCCCUAUGCUACAGGAAUUCUGGUUAUGGAAAUUUGCCCUUACGGACAACAUAAAUCACUACCACUAAAAUCAAGAUAUGGAAUGUAAAUUGGCCCUUAUGGUAUUUUAAGUAAAAUAUACAAAUUUAAUCACUAAAUGCAAAAAAAAAAAUAAGAAAUUCUAAAAGUUUUGCGCACAUCAUUUACGUUGGUGGCAAGCUUUGUUUUGAAUCUGGGAGCACGUCAGUUACAGUCUGCUUCUGUAUCUAGCUGUUGUUGUUCUAAGAUUUAUCCUCACUGAUGUGCAUUUCCAAUCCCCUCAAAAUGUCUACAAAAAGGCCAGCAAUUUCAAAUGCAAGUACUGUACUACACCUAAACAAGCACGUAAAGGAAUUACAUUGGAUGUAAAACUCGAUAUUUUAAAUCUCUGGUUAGUAAAACUCAUGUAAUUUUAUGUACAGUAUUUACUCUUACUGUAUAAUAAAAUUUCUAAACUAUAAUUCAAGUGUUAAGAAAUGUACAUCUCCAAUUAUAAGUGCAUUUUUAUUACUUGUGUUGACUCCAAAAAAUUUCCGUAUAAAUGCAUCUUUACUUUUAACAUGGGAGUACAGUACAGUAUAUGUGCAAAAAUAAUUUGCACUACAUCCAUUCCAUAACACAGGGGUCCAGUGUAGUAGUUUUCUGUUGUUACUGGCUAAUGUCUCUAGGUAAGUAGUGGUUGGGUUUAUCAGUGUUCUCAGUGAUAUGCAGUGUAUAGAAAGAUUGUUUUCUCUGAAAUUAUAAAUACACUGCAGUUAUCACUGCACAACUUUGUUGUAAGUUAAUUACUUGUCAAACCAGUCAUCUGAAGAUGGUGUAUCUCCCCAGCCCUGGCUGACUGCAUGGACAAGGUUAUGGAGAUGCAUCCAGACACCUGGUGGACAGUUGAAACAUACCCACCACUCAAAGUUACUAAGAACUCGUUUACAAUUCUCCAACAAAUGAUCAAGCUUCUAUAGCAAUUCAGUCAAAAUAUAAUUAUUUUUUUACAAAUUGGAUCCCCAGUCAUAUGGAUUCAUUGGAAGGGACUUAUUUUGGUGAAAAAAAUUCAUUCAUCCAAAUGCCGUACAGGUAUACCUCGCUGUACUGUUGGACACAUGUUGUUGAAUGUCGGUCACAUGUUGUUGAAAGUUCCUUGUUAAGUGAAACAACGUACAGUAUUGUACAGUGAACACAAGUUUGCCUUAGACCUAAUGAUAGAAAUAGUGACAUCUUGGUCAAAAUUUUCUAAAAAAAAAUAUUGUUAACUUAAACAAUAUUGCUAUCAUUUAAAAUAAGUAUGUCAAGAAGAUAACAUUGACCAGAGAUGGUUGAGGAGACUACAUACAGAGGCCGGCUGGUGCAGGGAGCGAUGAACUUAUUGAGACGAAGUGGCAGGAUUACCUGUCUCUUCAUCUAUGGAUGUACGUUUAAGAUAAUGGUAAAAAAGUUGGUGAACAACUUUCUUCUUGUUUGUACAGUUCCUUAUAGCAAUUACAGGUGCCCCACUUUAAGCACAUACCUUAGUUUUGUCCCUUUUCUCACAAACUGUUCUCACUAUUUGGUAGGUAGGACAACUGUUCAGACAAUGUAAACCACUUGUUUGCCAGCAUUAGAGCACCUGAGAACAUAUAAUUUAACCAUGAGAUUAGAGUAUGAUUUUUUUCUUGACAGAGGCACAAACCUCACUUGCUGGGCAUUUUCCUCUCAACUUAUUGGGUUUUGAUCUAUUGAUCAUGUUUUUACUUGUCUCUUAGCAAAUGAACUCAAAUGAAUAUGGUACUAAUGGCUAGAUUGAUGCUAGAAAGGGGAUUUGGUAAUUGUUAGCAGUGUUAGGCUACCCAAAGUAGGCCACUGUUGCCGUGUUCAUGUGUCAUGAAAAAUAUUUUUUUUCUCCAAUUCCUCAACAACCCACCUAGUGAAACAGCAUAUAGCAAGGCAACGUAGAGCGAGGUAUAACUGUAUCAAAUAGUAUGUAAACUUCUUAGCAUCUUGUAAAUGAGUUCAUUCUCAAACCUAUGAUUUGAAAUAAAAAAAUAUAUACUUGUAUGUAUUAGUUUGCAAAAAAGAAAAAAAAAAGGAAAUACAUUUAAAGUUACUUUUUUAAGACUACUUUAUGUUGUAAACAAACAUGCAAAUUUUAUGUCAAUCUAGUGAAAAGAAGGAUUAUAUUACAGUACUAUAGAAUAUGGGGUAACUGGUGGAAUAAAUGGACGGAAAGUUACUGUACAUCAGAGUGGACGCAUCUUGGUACGUAAAAUACACCUAAAUAUUUAGACCAGUUGCACCAAAUGCUGUGAAAAUCUCUGAAAACUGGCAGCUGAACUGAUAAUACAAACUUUUGAUUUCUGGAUUUAGAAACUGACAGUUACGUCAAUCAUGAUAUCCUUCUUUGGCUGGAUGGACAAAAAAGAAAUGCACAUUUUUGAGGUUGUUUUAUUUUUAUAAUUAUUAGUUUAACACAAGGAGUUUAAUAGGUUCUAAGGAUAUAUUACACAUAAAUUUUGCAGUUAAUUUGGGAAUAGGUGCUUAGGCUGUGAAAACAAAAUGCAAACUUGUUAAACAUUCAGAAUGCUUGCUUUGGGAUGCUUUGUCCAGUUUAUUUGGGCCAUUUAAUGGUGAUUGUUCCACUUAAAGGAGAACUCCAGAGGAAAAUUAUAUAAUAAGGUGCACCUAAAAGCUUCAAACCUUAUGUUAAUUAAAUAUACUGUAUUCAUAUCCAUAAAUAAUGAAAUAACCACUUGAAAGACAAACUCUGUCAAGCAUCCAACAAACCCCCAAAUGGCUGUGACAUCACUGUAAACAUUAUGAAGAAGGUGUUGUUAAGAUGUUAGUCAUUUUGCUUCUGCAUAACAGUUUCCAUCUCCAAUUAUUCUAGAUCAUUGUACUGAAGUUACCGAUACUGUAUAUUAAAAAUUACAAUUUAAGAAAUGGCAUCUUAAGAAGAUUAGGAACCUUCACUGAUUUCACUUUAUUAAUAAUCAUCAGGUAAAAUAAACAUGGGUUCCUAAUCUUCAUGAGACCCACAAAAUCUAAUACUGUACUGUACAGUAUAGUACAAUACAGUACAAUAUAUUUUAAAUAGAUCAGUUCUCUACUAUAUUGCAUAAAAUAUAAAUUUACAAAAUUAGGCAUCUGACAAUGAUCAUAGUGGAGUGUGAACGGUGAAAAUUGUGUGCUUUCUCAACAAAUGUAAGAGAUGGAUUAAAUGUUUAGGUUGCAAUAUACUGUUUAAUGCCCAUGAAAAUUUGUGUUGUAUUCAUUAAUUUUGUAGAAACAAAUUUUGACUUGUAACUAUCCCAAAGCAACUAUAACCCCUUCAUAAAGCUGCUGUGAGCCUUCUAGAUAUAAUUUUUUUAUGACUUCAGGAUGUCUUGUCUUUAGCAAAUUUCUGGAAAAAAAUUUGUUUGCUUUUUAAUUGUUUGAACUAUUUUUUCUUCAAUUUUUUAUUAAUUUUUGUUAAAGUACCAAUGAUAUAAAAAAGUAUGUGAUUGGAGUUAACCUUUAAGGCAACAAAAUCAUUUAAGUACAGUACUGUAUUUUAAUGAAUAAUUCAGGUGUUAUUGGCAAGUUUUCAGCGCCUGAAUUGGUGCUAUAUAUUUACUGUUGAAAAUGACAACAAUAUGACAAACUACUGUACAGUAUGUCCAUAUUAAAAUUUUGUUACUCAGGUUCAUUGUAAGAUUGGCAUUUACAUGAUAAAGGUUGUAUGUCGGUGUGAUAAGACAGCUAACUUUUUGCAUUAUAUAUGGAUUGGAAAUGGUAUAUUAACUGGAGCAUUGUUGUAAAGAAAUUUCAGGUUUAUAAAUAUAUUCACCAACAUAUUCA